AUGCCAAGGAGGCAGCGCUAUUUGUUCCUCGGUAAUUACAUUGAUCGCGGAGCGUACUCAUUGGAAGUUAUGGCGCUUUUAUUGCUAUACAAAAUUCAGUAUCCUCAACAAAUAUUUUUGCUACGUGGCUGCCAUGAGCGACCGGCGGUUAUUUCGUAUGUUAUAAUUCAGAUCUCAACGGCAUCAUGCCCUUUUUUCCUGGAAAACAGGCAACUGAUCUGUUCUAGACCAAUGGUGGAGCCGAAUAAACUAGCUGAAUCGCUACUGACGAAAACAGUGCAGAUAGCCGGAAUUAAUAGUCAACGAAACCGCAAACAAGUGGCUGAUGAGCAGGCCAACAUGAAGCUCAAUGAACUCGGCAUCGAUUGCAUUAUCCGUGGCCAUCAGGUUCUUUAA